CCCCGCCCAAAUUGUCUCACGUUCUUUAUCGCGUCUAUCCGUUGAAACUUAAGCAAAAUCAAUCACAAGAUUUUUUUAUUUUUAAAAAGGAAACCCUAAUUCCUCUCUUGUGAUCUUAUUUCUAUGGAGAAUCAAAAUUCCAAGAAGCGGGAUCGGGACGACUCGGCCGAGUCAGAGGCCGGUUCGCCCGAGGUGAAACGGCUCAGAGACGACCUACUCGGUUUCUUCGACGAAUCCGAUCCUGAACCAGCGACUCAGGAUCUUGACUCGUUGAUGAGAAGCUUCGAGGAAGAAAUCGCUACCGCAUCGUCUUCUCCGGUGCCGGUGGUAGAUUUGACUGCGGAAUCCGGUGAGUCUCAACCGGAGUUAGGUUACCUGUUCGAAGCCUCCGACGACGAGCUCGGUCUGCCGCCUUCGAAUAGCCAACAGGAGUUUGCUCGAGUAUCGACCGAUUCGUCUGAAAUCGGUGAGAUGUGGAGGUUUGAGGAUCAGAUCCCGAACUAUGAUGCUUUCGAACUGGAAGGCAGAGAUGUGUACAGCGGCAGCGAUACGGCGGAGUAUGUGGCGUUCGAUGGACUAUUGGAGUAUUCGAAUCUGUGUUUUGAUGCGUCUGAUAACUCGGAUUAUCUUUGGCGGCAAGAAUCUCUGCCGGCGCAGUAGGUAGAAACGUCGUCGAUUUGUAAAUUUUUCUGGUUUAGAUUUGUUGAAGGAGGAAGAUGGGGAGGAAUUUAGGAUUAGAGUGAUACAGAUGCCGCAGAUGAAUAUAGAAAUUGGUUCGUUUGUUCUUUCUUUCAAGUCUGAAUACACAUGAUUUUACACAGUGGAAUUCAUUGUUUUUGUUCUUCUUUAUGGUUUCUGGAAUGGAAGGAGGAAAAUAUGUGAAUUCUUGAGAA